CUUUUCUUCCCACAGCCAUGAGCACAGCAGAGUUCACCCCUGAUGAGCCCUUCCUCACAGGAAAUAGGAGGCAAGAUCUACAAGAGAUGCUGAGAGAAAUAGGACUGGAAGUUGAGUACUGGUUGCCCAAGCUGCAGGAAGAACUGGGUGUGACCUGUACCCAGGCUUUACAACUCCUAGAAGAAAAAGACCUCCAGAAGCUGAAAUCCCAGGCUCGACAUCCCUGGGAGAAAAGGGCCCUGGAGAAGCUGCUUAAUCUGUCACAAUCAAAUAGUCUUUCAGAGUUACAGGAGUCUCAGGUGGAAAUGAUACAGAAAAAGCUUAACCAAGCAGAGGAGGCACUGCAGGAGCUAAGAGACUUGCUGUCUGAAGAGACGCAGGAGCAUAAAAAGGCAGUGAGGAAAAAAGAGGCAGAGCUGAGGCAGGCAAUGGAGAUCCCAAAAGUGUACUGGUCACCCCCCAAAGAGUCCCUAAGGGAAGUCGUGGAAAAUAUACAGAGACAACUCAACCUCAUGGAGGGGACACUGUCUUAUAGGCAAUACCUCCCAGAUAGAGAUCUGGUGAGAUGGGCAUCUGGAGGGCUGGCCCUGCAGGGAAUUUAUAAAACCAGAUAUCGAAGGGACCUAAUAGAGAAGAGAGAGGAGCUACUCAGUGUCCCCAAGGAGUUCUCACUCUUUGGCCCUCAGCAGGGCACACAAAUGGAAACAAAGGACUUUACAUCUUCUCAAGCAGAAUCUAUGUUCACUCAGACUAUAGAGAAGCUGGGCUCCAGUGUAACUACCUCAGCCAAGAGCAGAGGUUGGGGAUUUAGCCUGGAAGCUGGUAUGGACCACAGUGAACAUUCAACAUCCAUGGAAACUCAACAAUCACAUUCUGAGACCUCUUAUUUCUGCUCAGUCAAGUUCAGCUAUGUCCCACUGGCCUCCUGCCACUUUCCCAUUGAUCAACUCCAGAUCUCCAAGUCUGCUCUCCAGGAACUGAAAUGCAUUGAAGACCUUCUGGGUCAGCCUGCAGGUCCAGACAGACUCUCCUUGCUGAGGUGCAAGACUGAAGCCUUCUUCCACUGGUUUGGCUCUCAUGCUAACCAGGGCCCUCUGCACCUGGGAGGAAUCUACUGGUGGAAAGCCAUUUCACAGGGUUUCCAAAAUGAGCAGAUGGCAGAAGUGAAGCAGCAGUCAGCAGAGGCCCUGGAUAUUUACAUAAAGGGCACCUACAGUGGCUUUGGAGUGAAAUUUGCUGCAGAUGUGGACAUAUUAGGCUCUCAUUCAGAAGCAGCUUCUCAGAGCACAACUUUCAAAAAUCUCCCAACCAAAGUCCAAUUAUCUGUGGCCCAGACAGGUGGCCCACCAGAAGCAAAUGGCUUUUUGCAGUGGAAAGCUGGCCUAGUUGCCUGUAAUCAAACCUGGUGUGUCAUUGACCGGGGACUUCAACUGGUGCCCGUUUGGGAUAUCAUUCUCUCCAGCCACAGAAAUGACUUUAAGGAUCCUCUUCAGGUAGCUAACUGCCUGAAAGAAAGCUACACUGCUCUGACUGGCCUCAGAGCCCACAUCCAGGAUGGAGAAGACUUACAGAGGAUUGAGAACGAGGCUAGGGUUUUCCUAGAGGAUGUGAAAUCCUGGGAGGUAUCUGAUCCUGAAGAGCAGCUUAAAAAACUGAUAAAUUUCAUGCAAAUGUUGAGUCAAAAAAUAAAAAGUCAUGACACUUGGAUUAACAUAUGCCUCACAGAUUGGGGUCUGCAGAAUUUUCCGGUAAACAUUGUCAACUUCUGCAAAAAGUCUUCCAUUUAUGAAACUACUUUUAUCAAAUGUCAGUUGCGCAGCCUUCUGGAUCCUCACAUCUACAGCGUGACAAAUCAGGCUCAUUCCAUCAUACAGUGGACCUUCCAAUCAGCAUCUGACCAGGAGCACAUCAACAUCUCCCAAUUUUCUGAAUUAACUAAAAUCUUAGAAGAAACCCAGAAUGACCUCAUGGCAGUGAAGGCCAAAUACAAGUCCUCAGAAAUAGUGAAGGAAGCUCAAAGGAAGGCCACUUAUGAGGUCAGCUUAUCUCUUGGCUGCUUCUUGAAUUACCUCCAAGUAACAGAGCAGCCAGACACACAGCUCUUGCUACUUUCCAUUGCUGCUGGGGCAGGAUAUCAUGUUCUAAACAAUACUUUUCAGUAUCUCCUGGGCUGUGAUGAGUUAGAUUUCUUACUGAUUGAAAUGCAAACUGCCCAAGAUAAAUACCAGGAGCUUAAAAAUAUUUGCAGCUACAGGGCUCAAGCAUUCCUGGUGCUCACAGGUCUGACAGCUACCGUUGGAGACACAGCUGUUUCUCCAGAGCACAAAACACAACGCUUGGCAUUAAUAAGACAACACAUGGGACAAUCUUUGUCUAAAGAAGUUGUACAUGUCCUCACCAAAUCUGAAGUAGAUCAUGGUUGGGAAAACCUAGAGGAAAACUUGAGGUUGCUCAUUGAUGGGAAUUAUGAAGGCUUUGUCUCUUCAAUCCAAAUGGAUGAGGUGAUAAAACAAUUGCCAAGUCUCCUCCAUGAAACAAAACAGCCCCAUGAACCACAUGAUAAUGAAAAUAACAAAUCAGAGGUCACAGAAAAUGGAGCCUUCCUAGAAUUACUCCAGCGUCUAGGCCUAGAACAUUACUACCCAAAAAGGAUGAGCAAAGCUGACUUCCAUCUGAUCUACAAGACUUCUGUGUACAACACCCAGCCCAGCUCUGAAUGUGAGCUUCCUUUCUAUUUCCUGCAGAAGCUACUGAUGCUGGAUUAUAGGCUGAGAUACCUGGUCUUUAAAGAUGAUGGAAACAAAGAGAAUCAAGACUAUCCAAGAGCCUCAAAUCAGGAAGACGAGACUUUUGAUCCAUAUGAAGACUUUUUUGAAGACAGUGAUAGUCCCACUAAUCCUUCAGCCAUGAAAUCCAGGCCCCGUAUUCACCCCAUGGACAUUCAGAUGGCAAUUCUUCACUGUGCAGAUGAUUUUGCCAGACAAUAUAUUUUGACCAAACUUUCCAUCUGUCAGUUUGCCCUCCCCCUUCUCAUACUGAAUCCCUGCAAUUCUCAAAUUGAAUUCUCUCUCUGGUCUCUCAGUCAAAUUAGAAGAAGCUGGAGGCAGACAAGGAAAUCACCAAAAGAGAAGAACAAUUACAACAAUCAGCAGAUGUGUUGUAUCUCUACCCCCUUUGUGUCCUUUAUUAGAGUUGGAAAUGGUUUCUCUGCUUCCAAAUCUCAAAUCAUGAGCCAUCUUCUCAGUAAACGUAAACAUGAUGUCUUUUUUCACCGACAUUGCAGAGAGAGCAGCAAAGACUGUCUCUUGAUGGAGGGUGUGGUGGAGGUCUGCUGGUUCUGUCCUGAGGGGGAGGAUGAGGACAGAUUUGACAACUGCUUGGCCUUCACCAAUCUUCAUGGAGAUGCAAAGGAACAUGAGAAGCAACUCACCUUCCUGCAGGAGAUCUCUUCUGUCAUUGUGGUCCUCAUGUCAGCUUCCAAUGACAGUAAAGAAAACCGACAAGUUGUCCAUCACCUGUGUCAGUCAUCAAAACAUUUGAUCUGUUUGCUUGAUGACAAAGAAAAAACCAUGGCCAGUAAUUCUGGCCAAAGAGUGAGAAUUGGGAUCAGGAAUAGAAAUGAGGCAGAAUUAACAGAGGAGCUCACAAGAACAAUCAGACAUUUGCUAGAGCUCUCUGGCACCGCUCUCAGCUUAGAGAACUGCGCCCGGAUUGCUUACAAGCAAAGAUUCCUUAUUGAUGAAGACCAGAGAGAUUGCAGGAAAGCCAAAGAAAAGGCAGAGAUUCUAAUGCACCGACUGAGAGAAAUGAAGAUAUCUCAAAUGAAGGAAAACUUACUACCUCUUCAGGGAGAACUGUGGCACCUUUGGUGUAAAAAGGACAAAGAACUCUACCAUCUGAGAGAAAAGGGGAAUAGGAGCAUUGAACAACACAAGAAUGAUACUGAAACAGAUAAACAAAGAAUACGGCAUCAACAGCUGACCAGAGGUUUUCCUCUCAAUGACUUAAUGCAACCUGUCCUCGAAAUUCUCAGACAAUAUUCCGAAACUCACACCAAACUCUACUUCUUGCAAUGGCUGAGUGUGUUUUUGGACAACCUGACUGCAGGACACUUGGAAACACUGAAUGAAAUGAAAAAGUCUUAUUACAAACAGGUACAAACAGAAAAGCAAAAGGCACCCAGGAGCAAAAAUCUGAGAGACUGGCAAAAGGAGAUAGAAGCUACCUAUGCAGAAAUUAGUAAGUGUACCUUGGAAAUUGAGCCACUUCACAGAGAAGUUGGCCAGAUCUAUGAAGCUAUAGAAGAAGCUUCCUCCACCAAAGAUAUCCUUUUUCUCUCCCUUCCUGAGAUUGCUGCAGAGCUGAUGAUAUCUGGUGUUCCCAUUGAGCUCAUGGAUGGGGAUGCUUCCUAUGUGCCUCUAAAGUGGGUGGCCGCUGUUUUUGACAAGGUCGCUGAGAAACUCGGAGAGAAACAGCUGUUUGUUCUCUCUGUCCUUGGCCUGCAGAGCUCAGGGAAGUCCACCCUGCUGAAUGCCCUUUUUGGGCUGCAGUUCACCGUCAGUGCUGGGAGGUGCACCUGGGGGGCCUACAUGCAGCUCCUGAAGGUGGAAGAGACAUUCGCAGAGGAACUUGGCUUUGACUUUAUGCUUAUUGUGGACACAGAAGGACUUCGGGCCCCAGAACUCAGCAACAAAUCCCAGAAUCAUGACAAUGAGUUGGCAUCUUUUGUCAUUGGACUUGGAAACUUGACUCUGAUCAAUAUUUUUGGGGAAAAUCCAUCAGAAAUGCAAGAUAUUCUACAAAUAGCUGUUCAAGCCUUUCUGUGGAUGAAACAAGUAAAAAUCUCCCCAAGUUGCCUCUUUAUCCAUCAGAAUGUGGGGGAAGUUACAGCUAAAGACCAAACUAUGGAAGGACAAAGGCGGUUAGAGCAAAAACUAGAUGAAAUGACAGCAACAGCAGCUGAACAAGAACAGUGCUCAGAUGUAACCCACUUUAGUGAUGUCAUCAAGUUUGAUGCCAAUACUCACGUCUACUACUUUGCUCACCUCUGGGAUGGCAAUCCUCCAAUGGCCCCUCCCAAUCCUCGCUACAGCCACAACGUCCAGGAACUGAAAAGUAGAAUUCUUGAGAUUGCCAAAGAAGAAUCUAGGGGGAGGAUCAUGAAGAUAUCAGAUGUAAAAUUCAGAGUUCAAGACUUGUGGAGAGCCCUGUUGAAUGAGAACUUUAUUUUCAGUUUCAGGAACACUCGAGAGGUCAUGGCCAUGAGCAAACUGGAAACAAUGUAUAACACAUGGACCUGGGAGCUGAGGAGUCAUGUGCUGGGCUUGCAGAACAAGCUGAUCAAUCAGAUUCAGAAUGGAAAAAUCCAGACAUUCAUAAGAAGUACUUUUGAGCCUCCAGUUACAGAAAAAUAUGAAGCCAUCAAGCAAGAAUUGGAGAAAUAUUUUAAUGAAGAUCCAGAUAGUGAAAUACUCGUUCAGUGGAAAGCAAAUUUUGAAAAUCAGCUGAUAAUCCUUAAAGAGGCACUUAUUUCAGACAGCCAAAGAAAAGCCAAUGAACUUAUUAGUUUUAAGAAAAGUCAUGAAAAACUGGAUAACCAAAAGUCAGCUUAUGAAAAGGAAUUAUUGGAAAAAAGCCGAAAGUUAGCUUUAACUGUGAAGGGCAAAGAACUGAGUGAGGAAGAGCUACAUGAGAAAUUCGAUCAACUUUGGAAAACAUGGGUCAGUGCCGUGUCCUCAACUCUCCCUCCAAUCACAGAGCCUAACAUUGAUGUGGAUUCUGAAGAUAUCCUUUUGAAUUAUUUCAAACAGGAGAAAAACAUGGCGGAUAUACUGAAGGAAUAUUCUGGAGACAAGUUUCAAAUCAACUAUGACAAACAUGUAAAAAUUACUAAGACAUUUCACUUAUUUAAAAGGGAUUUAGAAAUCUGUGAGAAAGUGUCCAUAAAUAUGACUACUGACCGCAUUAUGUCAAAAUUUGAUGGAAAAAUUAAUAACAUUAGGAGGCAAUGGCGUGAUUACAACCCCAGUUAUUUCCAUGAAAUUCUGAGAAUAAUAGACGAGGAGGUGAAAUCUGCACCCACUGGGUAAAGAUACACAUUUACAAGUAAAUAUAAAAUUGACUUAUCUUUGUGUUUAUUCCAAAGAGCAUCAGAAAAAUUUAAGGAGAUGCACAUGGCAUUCAAGAGAGCAAAUGAUCCUGUAAACUAUCUGGAAAGCAAAAAAGAUGAUUUCUUCAUGAGUUUUAAGACCUCUUGUCAAGGAGCAACCUCAAUCAAAACAUUUGUUGAUUUUCUGUGGCAAAAACUUUCUCCUGCUGUUUCCACCACCAUACGGGAAAAAAUGGCAUCUAAGAUUGCUGGGGACAUACGAGCUACCUGCCCCACAUUCAAUGGAAACAGGACUAACCUGGAGAAACAUAUUCUCAUCUCUCUCAUAGAAGAAGAAAAUUUUGAUAAUUACUGGCAGUACAUUCAUAAUCCAGAAUCAUUUUUUAGUAGUUACAUUCAAAACCAUAUUGAAAGAUAUUGUUCAGACAAAAGAAGUGAAAAAAUGAAGACUUUUUUAAAAAUAAGUUUAGGAGACAUCAAGAAUACCAUCCUCUCAGCUAUUCAUGAAUCCACAGCAAUAGCUAAAGAUAAAAGCAGCACCGUGUCUAAGUGGUUGGAUUUGUUCUGUGAUCACCUGGGGAGUAACUUGAUCUUUCCACGAAAAGACUUGAUGAGCAGUGAACACCAGGAGAUUAAAGAUAUUGAGUUUCUCAAAGAAGCCAUGAGUGAAGCUUUGGAUCCUGCAAUGAAGAGAGCAGAACAGAACUAUUUGAGCAUGUCUGUAAAAAAAAUGCCUUCUGAAAUCGAGAAAAUGCUCUCUGAACAUCUCUGUGGCUGCUGGAAACAGUGUCCCUUUUGUAAAGCUAUUUGUACAAACACAUUCCCUAAACAUGACGGAGACCACAGUGUUCCCUUCCACCGUCCUCGGGCUGUCAAUGGAGGAGGAUGGUAUAACACAGACCACUUUUCCAUUGAGAGCUGUACGAGUCUAGUAGCAAGUGAUUGUCUUCUUGAUUUGGGAGGUGACCAGAGAUUCCCAUAUAAGAACUAUCGACGGGCAGGAGGGCAGUAUGCCACAUGGAGCAUCAGCCCAAACUCAUCUACCCAGCCAUACUGGAAAUGGUUUGUCUGUCACUUCAGAUCAGAGCUAGAAGAAAAAUAUCAGAGAAAAUUUACAGAUAAAGGUGAAAUCCCCGAUGCAUGGACCAAAAUCACAAAACAGAACGUGCUUGAUUAUUUGAAAAGCAAUAUGUAA